AGGGUUUUCCAACCGCGCUCCACACACUCUGGUUGCCUCUGCAGCUCCAGUAUCAGGUGCGGCUUCAUCAUUCGCUGCAGGGCUUCAUGGGAGGAGUCAUUACAGCCAGGUCACACCCCCUGCACUAUAGCACCAGGUCCCUUUAGAAAAAAGACAUACUAAGGAGCGCACAGCCCGUCCGUCACCGCGCACUGCUACAAAAAUAUGAACCCUAGGAGAGCCGCUCCUGCGCUUGAACACUUGAGACAACAACCCCACUACGACUAAUUCCAUCUUAAAUCACAGCCCAGUGCUCACUCUGCUCCUUCUCCAACUAUUCUUCUCUCCAUUUUCUCUUUAUCUAUUCCUGCGCUGGAUCUUUCGUGUGAGAAAAUGUGCGUGGACAGAGAUGGGUGCGAGAUUGAAGGCUGCAGCAGUUCGGACGAGGUGCGCACGCUGUCCGGCAGCAUGAGUCCCGGACUGAAAUCCAACCCGGACCUGCACCCGUGCAAGCCGGGCCACAAAUUCCGCGCCGCGCUGCUCAGAUGCCGCUCACCGGCUGCGGCUGCCGGGAUCCUCAGCUUUGGAAACGUCCUCAAUUACAUGGAUAGAUACACUGUGGCUGGUGUUCUCCAGGACAUCCAGCGGCACUACGAUGUCACAGACAGUGGAAUUGGCUUGUUGCAAACAGUCUUCAUCUGCAGCUUCAUGGUGGCAGCUCCCAUCUUCGGUUACCUUGGUGACCGAUUCAACAGAAAGGUCAUCCUGAGCUGUGGCAUUUUCUUCUGGUCCAUUGUGACUCUGUCGAGCUCCUUCAUCAGUAAAGAGUAUUACUGGCUGUUCGUGCUUUCCAGGGGACUCGUGGGUAUCGGAGAGUCCAGCUACUCCUCCAUCUCUCCCACCAUCAUAGGAGACCUGUUCACUAACAACAGCCGCACUAUGAUGCUCUCUGUCUUCUACCUGGCUAUCCCGCUGGGAAGUGGUUUGGGCUACAUCCUGGGUUCCAGCGCCAAGGUGGCUGCAGGAGACUGGCACUGGGCACUAAGGGUGUCUCCAGUUUUAGGGAUCACGGCUGGGACUCUGAUCCUGGUCUUCGUGCCUGAGCCAAAGCGAGGCAGUGCCGACCAGAUGGGUGGACGCCUCAAGACCCGUACCUCCUGGGCCUGUGACAUGAAGGCCCUCGCCAAGAAUCGGAGCUACGUAUUCUCCUCCCUGGCAUCGGCGGCGGUGUCCUUUGCAACAGGUGCAUUUGGCAUAAUGAUUCCUCUGUACCUGGCCAGAGCACAGGUGGUGCAGAAGACGGCAGAGGCCUGUACCAAAGAAAUCUGCAGCAGCACAGACAGUAUAAUCUUUGGUGCGAUCACCUGUGUGACGGGUCUGUUGGGCGUCGUCAUCGGGGCAGCCACCACGCGCUUUUGCCGCCAGAAGACCGAGAGAGCCGACCCUCUAGUGUGCGCCGUCAGCAUGCUGGGCUCGGCCAUCUUCAUCUGCCUCAUCUUCGUGGUGGCAAAGAAGAGCAUUGCAGGAGCUUAUGUCUGCAUCUUCAUAGGAGAGACGCUGCUUUUCCUGAACUGGGCCAUAACAGCAGACAUUUUAAUGUUUGUCGUCAUCCCCACAAGGCGAGCAACAGCAGUCGCCUUUCAGAGCUUCACCUCUCAUCUCCUGGGUGACGCAGGGAGUCCGUACCUGAUAGGCCUGAUCUCAGAUGCCCUUCAGGAGAGCUAUGCUACAUCGGCCCUGUGGCGGUUCCUCAGUCUGGGUUAUGCCCUCAUGCUCUGCCCCUUCAUCAUCGUCCUGGGGGGCAUGUUCUUCCUGGCCACCGCGCUGUUUUUCCUGGAUGACAGGGAGAAGGCCGAGAAACAGUUGAGCCAGCUGUCACGACCCUCCUCCACAGUCAAGGUAUGACCAGGUAACAGACCAUUUAGGAGCCGUGUGAAGGAGCAACCAAACUCAAUAAGGAUGACAAGAUGGAGAUAUAAACCGAGGGCAGCUGAUCCACGUCUUUAUAGCCACGCCCAAGUUCACAUCACCGCUGCCACCUCCAUGAUCAUCCUCCUCCUCCCACUUCUCCUCCUCCUUCUGGCUCCUGCUGCUCUUCCUUUAAGCUCAUGGAGGCCGCUCAGAACUGGAAUGAGGGAGCGUCUUGCCCCUCCUUGAAACGCCUCCGAAUCACAGGCUGUGUCUUGAAGUCGCACAGCGGUGUGCUGAACAACUGCUGGUGUCCUCUUCACCUCUGUCUCCAUCUGACAGGAUCCACUGAACCUUCCUGGGAGGAGGUGGUACCGGCCCCCCCCAGCCCCCGUGACUCCCUGAUGCCAUACUACUGAAUGCUGACCAUGAACCUGCCCUGUCUGUCUGUCUGUCUGUCUGUCUCCUCUGUGUCCUCUGUGUCCGUCUGUCUGUCUGUAACAUCGGCUGUCGAUCCGCACCAAGUGCCAUGGCGUCAUUACAUUCCUUCAGACUUUGCACUGACCUCAUACAACCCUCAUGACUUCCAUCUCAGACUGUGUUUACAUGCACAUUAUAAUCCAGCUUCUUGUUAUGAAUUCCGUUUGAUUAAGCUGCUUAUAUUAGCAGCAGGACAGAAGAAGUGUCAUUUUUAAACUGUAUUCAUGAAGCUCCACUUUUUGUUUUACUUGCACAAAUUUAUCCUCAAAAUGAACAAAAUAAGCUGUUAAAUUCCCAUAAAUUCUGGCCUUACUCUAAAGAGCAUACUGCAGAGAUUUCAGUAUCAGAUUCUCCUGCAUAUCCUGAUGGGAAGUAUUUACAACGUGAAUUCCAAACCUCUUUACAUGAUAGAUGCGGGCUGUUUCCGAAAUCGCCUACUAUACUAGCAGUACGUACUGAUAUGUCCAAAAUUCAGUAUGUAGUAAGUAGUAUGUGAACAAGAGCAAAAUCUGCAGUAUGCCAAAACUCCCCGGAUGUCUACUGAUUCGGGAAAAUAUCUCAGUAUGCAUUGGACCAGUCUGCCUCGCGUACUGUUUCCCAUAAUGCACAGCGCUCGUUCUGCUUUUUCUUUUUCCUCAUUUUUUGACGGGAGGAAAUCCGUUUUUGGGUGCUGUGAAAGUUAUCAAAUUACAUAUAAACCACUUCCUAACUUUUUAAAUCAUAAAUGGAUGCUAAAUAAGCAUUUUAUUUAUCGGCUUCACCGUUGUUUACUUCCGCUUUCCAAAACCGGAAAUCCAGCGAAGUCUGGCUCAGCAUGCUGCAUGACAGAUCGGACAGAACAGUCAUACUACAUACUAAAUUCAAACGCAGUAUGUAGUAGGCAAUACCUACUGCCUACUACAUUAGUAAGUAGUAUGUAGCAGGCCGUUUCGGAAACAGCCGCAGUUUACGCCUAACAAAUCUGAUCCCUAUCCCCUUGUGCAUGUAAACACAGCUGUCAACCAAGAGCCAAAUAGUGUUACUGUCCAGCGGUCAGUGAAUCAGCCUUAAGAAUUCGAGCUUUCACAUCAUCUGCUGUUUCUUUUGACCCCUCAUGUGUGUUUUACUUUUAGCUUUUAGCACUUAAAUCAGCGCAGACAGCACCAGAGAGCAUGACAGAGUAGAGAGAUUUCUGCACACUAGUUUUCAUCACAAGGUUUCUUGUGAAUUUUUUAAUCUUUUUUUUUUUGUUGUGAUGUUUGAUUUGAAACUGGAGGUUUCUGCCUAUGAUUGUUUCAGAAGGAUUAUGAUGCAAUCUUGGCGACCUUGAAGCAGACACUGGAAUAUAUAUUUUAUUAUUUAUAUUGUAUAUGCUUUUCCCAAGAGUUAAUGCUACUCUUUGACUUUUGAUUUUGUGUAGAAGCAAUAGAAACAUUUUUAAAAGGAAACCAACCUUUUUUGUACACACUGCCUUAUCAGUGAGCAAUGUUUCCCUUUAAAGAGGGGAGCUCCCUGAUGGUUGGUUUUAAAUUUCUGGACACAUCACCCACACAGAGACAGAGUCGCCUUUAAUGAUGGACUCCACUCCAGUCCCCACCGGUUACAAUAACAGCCAUUGUGAAAAGAGACCUGUUCCCCUCACAGUUGUAGAUAUCCCAUUCCACAUUUGAAAGAAAGCUUUGAGUCACAAUUAUCGGUUUAUUUUGGAGAGAAAUCAAAAUCCCAGACAGGAACAGGAAAUUCCUCAGCCUCAGGUUAGACUGAUGGAGGGGCCUCAUUAUAGUUGAUAACGGAUAAGAGAGGAAUCCCCCUUUGAAACCAGAUCAGCAGGGUCUCAGAUCUCCCUACAGGAUACCAGAGUCCCCCUAACAUAAGAAUGAACAUGCAAAAUGUGCAGAAGACACAUCAGAGCAUCAUAGACACAUUUGAUGCAUUAAUUACAUUCUAGUAGUUGCAAUUACAUUCAUAAGAAAAAUAUAAAACACUCCAAAAGAGAAAAGUCUAAACUUCCUAGUUGCUUGUACAAAAAACUUUAAUUUUAAGCUACCUUGAAGGGAGUUUUUUUAGUCUUGAUACAGUUUUAGAGAAACCUUGAAGCCUCUAAUGGAGUCAAAGGUUUUAAAACUUGUGCAUUAAAGGGAAAGAAAGCACUUUGCAGACCUCAGAGAAAACAGCAGGAGGAGGAGGAGGAGGAGGAGGAGGGUGGUGGUGGUCUGACCUCAGCAGAGGGAAUAAAGGGAGACGUUGAGGUAGUUCUCGUAGCAUUGAUGUGUGAGCAUGACUCACCGGCUGUGUGUGGGGUGCUGUGUGGGCUGUGUCCUUGAUACAGAUCAUUAGCUUUAGCUUCUCUCUCAGUGCGUGGAGCUCUCUGAAUGUGACUCUGUCCAACCUGACGUGUUUACACACCUACACCUUCUUAAUGAACUAAGCUUCUUACCUUCCUUUAUCGACUUUUUAAUGUCACCAAAUGAGUUUUUUUAUAACUACAAUAGAGAUAUAUAAAGCUAUAUCACGCAGCAACUUUAAUAUAUUGUAAAUGAUGGCUUGGAUGCAAUGUAUUUAUUUGUUUGUUAUCAUAAUGAAGAAUAAUCUAUAAAGGGAAGUUUAAUGUUUGAGCAUACUACACUUUGCUGUUGUCAUUGGGUUUAGAAAUGUUCCUCCUUUUGUGUCACAGCAAAACAACACAAUACCUUUUUACAUCAUCAAGAUUCACCCUGUUUACUGUGAUUAUAAAUUGGACUUCUACGGUGGCCUAGAUGGGCAAACACACUGCAACUGCUCAAAGAUAUACAUUAAGGGAAGCUGGGUACAAAUUCAGAAAUGAAGCCAAUGCAGAACCAAGUAAAAAAAAAUAAAAAAUACAAAAACAAAAUUCACUUCUAUUCAGUGCCCCCUUUGGGAGAUAUUGAUUGGGUUCUAGGGUUUGUUUGUUUGUUGAUGAUGCACAUGUUUUGGUAUUUUUAGGACAUUUUCUAAUUUGCAGCAUGUUUCCAUUGUUGCAUUUCUUUAAUUUUUUUUUUUCACUUAUUGUAAUUUGCAGCCCAUUUCCCCCCAUGCAAAAUCUUGAUCGUUGCAGCUUAUUUGCCCUCAUCCGCCACCGUAGACUUCUCAAACAUAAAACACACAAAAGGAAUGAUGCAAUAUGAUUGUUUUAAACAACCGAUUGCUGUCAUGUUGAGGGUGCAGUAUGUUUGCAUUCAUUUUUGUAGCUCUUGUAAGUAAAUGUAUUUUAUUAUUAUUUCUUAAGAACAACUGAUAAAACCAUUUUGCACACGUAUUGUUCAGGGAUUUAUUUGAAUCAUCAACUUCAAAGCCUCUGAAGCAGAGGCCUGUCACUUCAUGCUCACAGUAAGUGCUGACAUUUUGUCAUCUUUCAGAAGAAGGGACGUUGGCUCUGGUCAGAUGGGUCAUGAAUCGAGUCUCACUUUGCCAAAAUUUAGACGAUUUAGCACCAAUCCUUUAGGAGUAUAAGUCUGUGUGUUGAGUAAUUCUGUGUUAAUAAUCACUGAAGUGAUGUAUUGAAAAUGUGCUAUCUCUUGUCAUACAAGAAUCAUGUAUAAAGAAGCCUUUUUCUGAUGUUAAGCAGAAAAUAGAGGUUUAUUUUUAUUUUUAGAGCAAGUAAAUACAAAAGAGAGGUGUUUGAGAAAUCAAAGGAUAUUAUACUAGAACUGAACUGUGAUAGAAAAUGUACAUGUCUGUAAAUCAAAUAAACUUAUUUAAUCACUUCA